AUGCCCAGCCCCACGGCCAGCCCCACUCCCAGCCCCACGCCAAGCCCUACUCCCAGCCCCACACCCAGUCCGACUCCCAGCCCCACGCCCAGCCCCACGCGUAGCCCGACUCCCAGCCCCACGCCUAGCCCAGGUCUCAGCCCCACGUCCAGCCCCACGCCCAGUCCGGCUACCAGCCCCACGCCCACCCCCACAUUCGUGCCCACUGCUGGGCCCUCGCUGGCACCAACGCCGGCACCCACGCCCAACCCCACGCCUAGCCCGACUACCAGCCCCACUCCUAGCCCGACUCCCAGUCCCACGUCCAGCCCCACGCCCAGCACCCCGCCCAGCCCGACUCCCAGCCCCACGCCCAGCCCCAUGCCCAGCCCGACUCCCAACACCACAUCUAGCCCUACGCUCAGUCCGACUGCCAGCCCCGCGCCCAGCCCGACUGCGAGCCCCACGUCCAGCCCCACGCCCAGCCCCACAAGUGGGGCCAGCAGCGCCACCGUGACAAGCAGUAGCGCGGCAAGCAACACCAUGGUGACCAGCACGAGUGGGACCAGCAGCGCAACCGUGACAAGCAGCAUUGUUACCAGCAGCGCCACUGUGACCAGCACGAGUGGGACCAGCAGCGCAACCAGAACAACUGCGACCGCAACCAGUACGACGCAGUCUACUACAACUACGCCGCUUUAUGUCGUAACCAGUUCGAUGUCGUUCGAAAGUUCUGGCACUGAAGACGAGGUGACGGAUGUGGUAACUUCGCAUUUGUGCGGUGGCGGAUUUCGGCGUAGAUGA